AAACUUUUUCUUUCUUUCUUUCGUUUCCCUUUUAAGAUUUUUUUCGGCUUUGAUGGAGGCCGUACGCGGAAACCGAUCUGUCUCUGAAACGACACCGGUUUUGGCUCCGUUUUCACGGUCACCGGAAAGUUGUCUCCCUUUUAAUCAUAACCUACAACCUGUAUUUGCAGAAACUUCCGUACAAAACAACCCUUUUGGAGAUAACGCUUUUGAUAAAAUCCUGGAAUCAGCCUUUUCUCGUCUCAAUGUGUCAACUCAGAAGAAUCAAGAGUUAGGCCAUCAUGGUCUUGUUAGUGGUGAAUUCUUGGACAGGUCCGGUUUUGGUUUUGGUGGUGGGUUGGCAAGAACAGGACAAGAGAGAAACAAUGUUGAUGAGGGUCUGAAUGUGGGUUUUAAUGGAGUGAUGAGGGUGGGGCCAGAUAUUGGUAGUUGGGAUACUUUCAUGUCUUGUUCGUAUCAACCCUUCAAUUUAAAUGGCAAUGGGUAUUUGCUUGAUUCAAGAAGAAAAGAACUUUUCAAUGAAAUCUCAAUAUUACCCUCUUCCAAUCAAAAUGGAUUGGCUGCGGCUGCUGCCGGUGCCGGUUGCUCAAGGGCUUCUUGUUCAAAAAACAAGAAUGUAAUGAGAUCUAGUUUUAGUAGUCAUAACAAUAAUCAGACUAAUAAUAGUUUUAGGAGGCCUCAUUGGUUACAGGAACCUUUGAAUUGUUUAAGUCUAGGGGAUGUGAGAGGUAGGAUUGUGUCCUUAGCAAAAGAUCAAUACGGUUGUAGGUUUUUACAAGGGGCUAUUCAUGAAGCGUCGAAGGAGGAAAUUGAUAUGAUUUUAAUGGAGGUUAUUGAUCAUGUCGGUGAGUUGAUGUUGGACCCUUUUGCGAAUUAUGUUGUUCAAAAACUUGUAGAUAUGUGUAGUGAGGAACAGAAGAGUCAGAUUCUUUUAAUGGUUGUUAAGGAUGGUUUUCGACUUGUCAACAUUUGUCUCAAUGUUCAUGGGACUCGUGCUGUACAGAAAUUGUUGGAGAACCUUACUACUCAACAGCAAAUCUCGUUAGUUUUGUCAGCUCUAAGCCCUGGCACUGUUGCAUUGACCAAGGACAUGAAUGGUCAUCGUGUAAUCCAGCAUUGCUUGAAAAAUUUCUCUGAAGAAGAUAAUAAGUAUCUUCUGAAUGAGGUGGCAGAUAACUGUUAUCAAAUUGCAACAGACAAAAGUGGAUGUUGUGCACUGCAGCAAUGUGUUGACCACUCUAAGGGAGAGGCCAGAGUGCAUCUAGUUGGAGAGAUAAUAGCAAAUGCUCUACACCUAGCUGAAGAUCAAUAUGGCAACUAUGUGGUGCAACAUAUACUGGGACUCAAAGAGCCACAAAUAACAGAAAGUCUUCUGAGACAGCUUGAAGGGAAUUAUGCAUCUCUUUCCUGCAAUAGAUAUGGAAGCAAUGUUGUGGAGAAGUGCUUGGUGGAAUCGGGAGAACAGCAGUCUACGAGAAUUAUAAUGGAGUUGCUUAAAAGUCCCAUUGUAUCAAGGCUUCUUGUGGAUCCUUUUGGAAACUAUGUUAUCCAAUCAGCUUUGUCAGUGUCUAAGGGCUUUGUUUACUAUGCUUUGCUGAAUCUGGUGCGGGUGAACUCUCCAAUGAUGCGCAGCCAUGUUUAUGGAAAAUGGGUACUUGCCUGGUUCAACAAGCGAAAGCCGCUCCGCAUGUAAACUUAGAAAAUUACAAAAUUAUAACAUGAAGAGAUAUCCUAAUAAUUAGAGAUUUUCACUACAAAUAGGUCUUAGGCAUCCAUAAGGAUACAAAUAGGAUUUUGUGUACCAGAGUUGAUACACUAUCUGAUGCGUCAUUGUGUAGGGUUAUUGUGGGUGUUUGUAGUUUGUAGUCACAUGAAUUUCUGAGGAUUGAUACACUCAGAUGUUGGGAUCUUGAUAGUGGUGGCCAUGGUUACUGUGACAGUUAGAUACAGACUAACGUGAAAAGUUGAGGUAACAAUCAUUCUUUAGGGCAUUUGAAAAGGGAAUACACCAUAUUAUGAGGUUUUUCCGCUUUUGUUUGUCGUAACUCUCUAUAUGUUGAAGCAUUUCCUUGUUCAAGGGCAUUGGUUUGCUUGGGUCAUUUUAACCCCUUUUUCUCGUUCAAGUGUUCUUGCAGCUUUCUAAUGGAAGCAGCUGCAAUCCGUUGUUGCACCAAGUUUUCGUAUAAGAUGUUCAAACUUUUGACACUUAUUUGAAAGUAGUGAUACUUGCGCAAAGAUUUUCACUUUGUGAAACCUGUCCCUCAAAUCCCUGUUUACCCUCUUUUUCGAAGGAGGAAAACAUGUUUUAGCGAUGUAAAGGAGAAUGAUAUGUAAUCAA